UGCGUCUCGUAUGCUUGGUUUCCCCAGAUUCGGUGGAAGGGCUGGGGAGAGGUAUACGAUAAAGAGUCGACGUUCUAGCACGAUGCUGAGCGAACGGAACGAACCACUUUCAACAAUCUAAAAGCACCAAAAACUUUGAUCUUUCCUAUUUCACUUCAUAUCAAAGCAUAGUCAUGGAGCGCAUUGUACUCCCACCUUCAGCAGCUGGAAAAUCAUCUGCUACCAAAGAUCCUUAUAUCUUCGAGUCAUUCGCUGGAGACAAGGUCUACGUCUCAGGCACUCCUUCAGUUGCUCGUUUCCUUCUGACCGGGAAAGAAACGGAUGGGAAGUUCACCAUCCUGACAAGCGGCGGUCAAGCCUUCCCCUCCCCUGUGCCAACUCACUAUCAUAAACAUACCCACCAUGGCUUUCUCUGCAUCAAGGGCCAGUUGAAGGUCUGGCUCAAUGACCAGUGCAAGAUCCUCAGUCCUGGAGACUACGCCAGUGUUGCUCCAGGCGCUAUCCAUGCAUACCAGUUUAUCGGUGAUCAUACUGAGAUCUUCGGUAUAAUCACUCCCGCUGGAUUUGAGCAUAUGUUUCGAGGACUGGGCGAGCCAUACACUGGUCCAAUGUGGCCGGAUGCCGACAUUGAGAGGGUUGCUGAAAAGCUCAACUCUGGCGUCGCAAACGUUAUGACCGAGUUUGACGUGAUUCCUGUGCCGAGCCAUAAGCUCGUUGAGCCGCAACCUUGGAGCGGUUCAGAAAAUCAGCUACCUGGAUCUCAGAAGCCGUACUUCCUGCGCAAUCGCACAGGACCUAGUGCUGUUCUCGGCGGAACGGUCGUUCGUCCAUACGUCACAGGAGCCGAGUCCGGAAACAGAUACAGCCUGGCUACUCUCGAGGGCUCUAAUCAGUUCAAGACUCAGGUUCUGUCUGGUGGAAUUCGGUUCCCAGACGUUGACCACUGCUUCUAUGUGUCGGAUGGAUAUCUCGAAGUCACUGUAAAUGACACUGACUCUUCGCGUGUCGGUCCAGAUGAAGUGGCUUGGUUGCCUUCUGGGACUCACUUCAAUAUCAAGCCUGUCAGCUCCUUCUUUAAAUUCUUCGUGUAUUCGCAGCCUGGUGGGCUUGGUGAUUUGCUUUAUACUGCUGGGAAGGACAAGCCGCAUACUGGUUUGAACUGCAUGAUUCCUGAUUCACCAAGCCCUUUUGACAGGAGGAAGCUCUCUCAUUAUAAGUCUGAGUUCAAGCGCUUCGACUUGAAGAGGGCUUAUAGUCUCAUACUGCCUGCAGUUUCACUGUAUGGCCAAGACGGGGUCCUUUAUUUUCCGAAACACCCUAGAGACAUCUUUGGGUAA